CUCUUGUUUACAUCCUCAAUUCAAAAAAAUAAGCCGGAGGAAAGAGGCCACUACGCCAAGCAGAGAAAAAAAGCAGUUACGGAUUCGCUACGAUAUAACCGCAAAGAUUGCGGCCAAAAGCACAGGCGUCGGAAUGAUGCUCAGAGAGGACCGACACCAUCGCUUGCUACCCUAUCUUCCUCUGACGUCACAUUUACCCGACAAUCGGGAAAUUCUCAUUGAUUGGAUGUCAGACGAACACGUGACUCAAACAUACGUACUUAUUCAGCAGUGCGCUGAGGAUGGACAUGGAUUUGGUGUAGACGAGUUCAAAGAUGAAGAGGAUUUCCGAGAAGAAAUCAGGGAGUCAUUUUGUUUUGUGGUUGUGGACGAACCAACGAAAGAACUACUUGCUUCCUUUAUAAUGACGUCGAGUAAAUUUUAUCGUGGUUCCCCGGAUGCAGUUGACCCUUACAUUAUAGUAAGACCGCAUGACCGCCAAAAGGGAAUUGGCGAAUUUUGCAUGAGAAAAGUUCUCGAAUUUUCCGAAAUUCUUGGUUAUCAGGGCAUGUAUGUUGACACCUUUUGUAACAAUGUCGGAAUGCAGAAAAUAAUCGCAAAGCUUGGUGGAUUCAUUAAAUGUGGUUGUCUCCCCAUGGGAGGAAAACUGAAGAAUGGAAAUAUCGUAGCUUCUCUUAUCUUCUUCCGAAAUCUGACAAAAUAUGCCAAUGACUGAUUGUAUGAAGUCGAUCAAAAGCAACAUAAAUAGAUGUGUCCGAAGUCAGGAGAGAAGACAUCUUUGCCAAACGGACUAGUAUCAAUGGCUACAGCAAUAACACAGCCUGUUACUAUGUUGAAGUAUGUUUUACAAGGUCUGCACUGUAGUACAGUGUAUAUACAUGUAAAUUGUAGUGUGGGCAUAUCAGAAAUCCCUUGCCAACAGGUGCUUGUCGAGUCCUUGUAAGUGACUUACAAAAUAUGAAGUUUGAUUAAGGAUUAUUAUAUUGUUUACCCGUUGAAUGCAAAUGGCAGGGAAAAUCAAAGCAUAAUCAAGAAUUCAUAUUAUAUUUUUUAGAAUAAGACUGAGUAACAGCUAUCUUUUUAUUGUGAGAAUAAAAACGUUAUAUCUUU